CUAUAAAAUUUUUUUUUUAUAUAUUUUACUUUUCCUUACGAUAUUUUGAAAUAUGGAACCCCCGAUUGAGCCUGAUGAAUCGGAUUGCUGCAACUCAGGAUGCAACCCUUGUAUUUUAGACGUUUACGAAGAGCAACUAAGGAAAUAUAAACAACGAACAAGUUCAUUAAUAACUAAAAAUAACUGUAUUUCUCUAACCUCGUACGCAAUUUUUAAACUUAUAAAUAUAGAAAAACAUUGGAAACAAACUUUCUUAUUUACGUUUGAAUAUUGUGGACCACAAAAAGGUGAACCUAAAGUCGAUGCGAGUUUAUUAUAUAAGCCUGGUCAACAUUUUUUAAUGAAGGGCAAGACGUAUGACGAAGAAUUCACCAGAGCUUACACACCCAUUCCGAUAGAAAAUCAGAGUGAUUUACAAUUCACAACACUUAUAAAACUUUAUGAAUAUGGAGUCAUGUCUAGGUACCUCAAAAAAAUUUCCAUAGGAAGAGAAACGUUGUGGAGAGGGCCUUAUGGAGACUUUACAAUAAAUUACGAUAUUCAACAUAUGUUGUUGAUAGCGCAAGGAACGGGAUUAGCACCGCUCUAUAGCAUAGCUUAUGAUAUUGUAAAUAACGAUGAGUGUUGCACGUUCUUAAAAUUAUUUUUCUGUUGCAAAGAUUCCAAUAGUAUUUAUUUAAGGGAGCAACUUUAUAAAUUGAGUACUUACUGGAACUUCAGUUACGAGGUUUUUUUAAGCGAAUCCCAAGGAAUUUCUCCUAAAUACAAUGAAAUUAUUCAUCCGAAGAAAUUGCGAUGUGACGAAAUUGAAACGUAUUUAAAAGAUAAACAUAAAUCUGUAAAUAUCUUGAUAUGUGGCAGCGAAAAUUUCAUGGAGGACAUCAAAAAGCAUGUAUUAAGAAGUAGUGUCGCAGAAGAGGAUGUAUUUACUUUUUGAAUAAAAACAUUCUU